GAAACCAAUAACCUUAUUGGUGGCUUUUAAAUUCACCUUAAAUCUGCAUAAUGAGCAUGUCAGAUCAGGACAGUGACACAGAACAAGAUGUACUCGAUGACACUGUCGUUAAUAAGUAUAAAAUGUCUGCUGAGGUUACAAAUGCGGUUUUACUCGAGUUGAUUGGUCUUUGUGUUGACGGCGCUAACAUCGUUGAGUUGUGUGAAUUAGGUGAUAGAAAAAUCUGUGACAAAGUAUCUCAGCUAUUUAAAAAAGAGAAAGAGAUGAGAAAAGGUAUUGCCUUUCCCACUGCAAUCAGCGUGAACAAUAUGAUACGUCACUACUCUCCUAUUGAAAAUGAAGCAUUUGGUCCUAUAGAAAUAAAAACUGGAGACCUUGUCAAAAUUGAUGUUGGUGCCCAUAUAGAUGGUUAUGCUGCUAUAGUCGGACACACUUUUGUUGUUGGUGCAAGCCAGGACAACAAAAUCACUGGCCGAAAAGCUGAUGUUAUACUGGCCGCACAUGCAGCAGCAGAAGCUGUCAUUCGGCUAUUAAAACCGGGAGUGGAGAAUCUAAAGGCUUCAGAAAUUGUAAGUAAAACUGUUACAGAUUUUAACUGUCACGCCGUGGAAGGCAUGCAAUGCCAUCAAAUGAAAAAGCUUGUAUAUGACGCAGAAAAAAACAUUGUUUUCAGUCCUACGGAAGAGCAGAAAAAGACAGUUGAAAAGUGUACUUUCGACAUAAAUGACGUAUGGAAUGUGGAUAUAAUUGUAUCGACGGGUGAUGGCAGACCACGGGAACAUAGAGCGCGGACAACUUUGUUUAAGAAAAAUGAAACUUUAUACCAAUUAAAAAUGAAAGCCGCACGUCAAUUAUAUAGUGAAAUUACAAACAGAUUCCUGGCAUACCCAUUUAGUUUACGUGCCUUUGAUGAUGUCAAAAGAGCUCGACUAGGUAUUUGUGAGUGUAUAAAACAUGGGGUCAUUGAACCACUUCCAGUUGUUUGUGAAAAAGAUGACGAAUUUGUUGCUCAAUUCAGGUUUACCGUUUUACUCAUGCCUAAUGGUCCAAUGAAAGUCACUGGGUUGACUUUCGAUCCUUCUCUGUACAAAUCCGAACACAAAGUCAAAGACCCAGAAAUCAAGGAACUGCUUUCCCAACCUAUUAAGAUUCAAAACAAAAAGAAAAAGCCUUUAAAACCAGAAUCCGUUGCUAAAAUUUCAGCGUAGAAAUCUUGUACUGUUUGACUUUCAAAUAAAGUUACACAGUCUGCAAUCGAUAUUACUGGCUAAUGUUCAACUUCUUACGCAUACAAAUACCUUCAGUUUCCUUUCAAUCCAGUAUAGUAGUAAUCGUUUUGACAUACUUUCAUGUACAUGUACAUGUUGCACUUGUGUUCGAAUGCUUUCAUAUGACAAACUUGGGAUUCACAGUGAUAACCAUUACUUGGAUUUAAGUAGAGGGAUUCUGGUUACUCAUAAACACUUAUUGAAUUAUAAGCUAUUAACAAUCUGUAUUAGGAAAACCAACCAAAUGCUUCACUAUAGUGUGUCACUCAGAUUUAUUACUUUACGUGAGGCAUAUUCGUAAAAUACAAGACUACAGCAACGUAAGUUAUAGAUCUCACCGUGUACAUAACUAAGAUAUUUGUAGUGAAUAAUGCGAAUAACAGGUUUGUUGUCAAGUUACAGGAAUUCACGAACGGUAAAAGAUAUAACAACAAUUAUUGAAGGCAAUAGAAUCUUACAAUUGGGGAAAAAUGAAAAUCUCAUAAACCAGUUAUUUAUUAAAUAUACUUUAAGGUUGUGUAUAUUGACUUCCCAGGGUAUAGCUUUUAAUGAUUUACAUCUUCAUUUAUUCCCUUCAGUCUAACAUUUAUAUAACAGUGUGGAUGCGUGUUGUAGAGCUAAUAUAGAUCUUUGACCUAGAAGUUCAAUACACAAGACAGUAGCGCAGCUUUGGGAGAUGCAAUCCCAUGGUAGUCGGUGACUAACAAUAGGUUCAUAUGCCAUUUGUUUCUUUAGGAUCCUGGAACCCAUGUGCACCAAUGACUUGGAAUAAUGGUUUUCUAACUCCCCUAGAGGGAUCCACCGAUUUUCGUCCUCUUAAUUUCCUAAACAACACCGUCGUCUCAAGAAGGCAAUAGGUAGAACUUCCCUGACAGAAUAAGGUAAUUUUCUAGCCCAUACUGCCGUCCUUCAUUGUUGGUCACGAAUCAGGUAUCUUGUAUAACGUGCUCCUGUCGGUAUAUACUGCAUCGAUUUAGUAUCCUGUUCGCUGGUAGCUUAAUUUCGGUCAAUGGUCGGAUUAUUGCAUUAUAGUAAUAUAUUAUGGGAAUGGUAAAAUAUUUCCAUUAGGUCCUUAUUAUCAGAAUCAUUAACAUACUUAACUGAUCUGAAGAUUGAGAUGAUGUGUGGUGUGUGCUACUGAUGUCGACAGAUUUAAGUAGCAUAUAUCAUCAAUUAAAAGUGAAGUGUCUGGCGGUAGACGGUUAAGAAGAUCAAAGAGAAGAGAACAAGAAUAGAGAUUGAUUGGUGUGGAAACGAAGGAACAAUCAAGUCUGAGACAAUUAAAUGACAUUUUGCAAAUGAAGUAUUUACUAUAUGAUUCGCAGAUUUUACUAAGAGAUUCUAUAAUUUUAUAUUCAAAUAUGUUUAGCCAUCCUCACCUGUAUUUUCAUCAACUUUGUUCUUUCAAACAGUACUUCUGCUCGAAAAAAUGCCGGUUUUGUUGCACAACUCAGCUAUCACUACUACUUCGUAGUUUACAACUAUUGCCAGGCAUUUCAGUUUCGAUUAGUGAUAUAUACUACUUAUCUCUGUCGACAUCAGUAGCACACAUCAUAAUUGUAUUAAAAAUAUCCUUCAUUUUGUCCUUCGUACUGCUUAAACUCGUAUUGAUUCAGCUUAUCAAUUAUUUUUCUUCCCUGAAGAAACGCAUCAUACUUAGUCACGAAACGCCAGACAUUUAGUUUCCACUCAUUCAUACUUUACAAGCCUAUUAUUUCUACCAUUAAUGUUAAUCUGACCUUAAAAUUAUUAUCGGAAGGGGUUUGUGGAAAUUUUAGAAAUUUCACAGAUUGAAAUCAUGAGUCUAUUGACCUCCAUGGAAAACCUGGAAGCACUGGACGGCCGUUUCGUCCUAGUGUGGGACUCCCCAGCGAUGCGCACACACGAUCCCGCACCCCACGAGAUUCGAACCCAGGAUCUAUCAGUUUCGUGCCAGGCGCUUAACCAACUAGACCACUGAGCCGGGAUCCAACGGUGUUAAUGUCUAACUUCAACUUAAAAUUAUUAACAAAAAACGAAUAACAACUUAUGAUAUGAUCGAGGGAAUAACAUGAUUAUUGGAACGGAUUUGCACUGAUGAUACAAAAAUCAACAACAUACGUGUUGAUACCUUCAGAGCCUUUUAUCUCACAGAGUAACGUGGUAUCAGAAGGCAAAGUUUGAUCUGUGACUGCGAAAAAUUCAAUGUUUAGGAAAAAUACUACUGCUUAUAUACAUUCUUAUGCAGUAUAAAAUUACAAUGAGAAAAAAAUUGUUUUUUGAUUGGUUCAACAACAAAAAGAAUUUUAUGUAAGUUGGAUAGUGAGUAGUAGUGGAAUCAAAGAUACACGUUCCGUCCUAUUUGCAACUCGUUACUUGGAUGUACUUGUAACGAUGUUGACGUCCAGACUCGAACCGAUUGCCUUUCGAUUUAAACAAUAAACGCGUUGUCCACUUAGCUACCAAGUGCUGAUAGGUACUGACUUAUGCAACGAAGGUUCUCGUAAAUUAAUGGAAGUAUUAUGGUCAGCAUCCAAUGUCGAAGACUUACAGAGCUAUUUAUUUUGGGGAUUUAGUUACCGCUACAGAUCACUCCCCCACUAGUGGGAAAGUGAUGACCCUAAGACGUGGCCAGCCGGAAGUUUAAACCCAACGAGUUUUGUCGUUGGUAGACACUCUUCUAAUAGCUUGUUAGGUUUACCAGCGUGUUGUCGUCUUUCCCUACUAUGAGAGUCCAUGUAAUACAAUAUAGUAAAAAAAUGAUGUACUGCGAAAAUUUUUGGUUUCUCGUAAACCUCACCUUUCUUUUUGUUGAGUCGGCUUCCGGAGAACUUCAACGGAGCCGAAGAGUCCUAGCCAGAGUACGAUGGAACAUUCUAGAAUUCCAACAUGGCGUGCUACUAUUGGUCGAUAACAUAAUAUGUCGUUAACGGAUUGGCUGAAAUAUAAUGUUGAUUCAACAGACGCUAACAUCUAUAAAUACCCAUGAUUUUCUGUACAGAAAUGAAUCUUGGAGUAAAGUAUUUUCUCUCAUACUAGCGUCUUCUCUCUGGUGUUCAAGUCGCUGUGUAGUUCUAGCCUUUGGGUUACCAGAAUAGCUUAGGAAAACGAAAUAUAGCGUUCAAUCGACAAGACUUAUCACUUUUCAUCGUCUUUUCCAGCCGUCCUGGAAAAGAAAAAAAGGAUAUCUAUGUGCAUGUCGAAAUAAACUCGUACGCGCUUUAAGACACAAAAUGGGCGAAAAAAGAACUCAUGUACAUGUGAUGGCGUAAAAGCAAUUUUUAU